UCUGUGUGUGUCUCGUUCGUCUUUGGUGGCUGGCGGUGUGUGGGGAUUUCACCCCACCCCGCUCCGCCUGACGAGGAAGAGCGAGCGGCGGCAGCAGCAUCAGGAGGAACCGAAAGUGAAGCGGCUUCGGAGCAAGGGGAGGCGGGUGUCGCGGCGGGCGCCUGCCGCCUGCGGGCCGAGGAGGACUCGGGUGGUUUCCCUCAUGAGGAAGAGGCGGGCCUGAGGAGGCCGACAUGUCCGACAACGGCUUCGACCGGGCUCCCGGUGCGGGUCGAGGCCGAGGGGGUGGGGCUCCUACGGCUCCGGAGAGCGGAGCCCGCUUGGGGAUGAGCGGAGGAGGAGGAGGAGGGGGAGGCAGCACCAGCAGCGGCGGAAGAGGCUUCGGGGCCCCGUCGCAGCUCAAGCAGGGCUUCGCGUACCACCAGGAACCCCUCCGGCCGCCCAAGACGGCGCCCCCGGGGGCCGGCGUCGCCGCAGAACAGGCAAGAGCUACAUCUUUACCAGAAAAAAAUAGUUCUAAUUCAGGAAUGGCUAAACCUCAGGUGGUUGUGGCUCCAGUGGUAAUAUCAAAGCUUUCUGUGAAUGCACCUGAAUUUUACCCCUCAGGAUAUACCCCUAAUCUUACAGAAUCUUCUUUGGAAGAUGGUUGUGAUGGAUUUCCAACUCUAACAGAAUAUGUGCAGGACUUUCUCAACCACCUUGCAGAACAGCCGGCUUGUUUUGAAACUGAAAGAGCACAUUUUUCAGAAACUGUAAAUGCUUGUGUCACUACAGAUGAAGCAUUACAAGAACUUGUUGAGCUCAUAUACCAACAGGCUACAUCUGUUCCAAAUUUUUCUUAUAUGGGAGCAAGGCUGUGCAAUUAUCUUUCUCAUAAUCUCACCAUUAAUCCACAAAGUGGCAACUUUAGACAGUUACUGCUUCACAGGUGUCGAAAAGAGUAUGAAAAUAGAGAUGAAGCUGCCAAAGGAGAUGAAGCUGCACGGAAAAGAUUUCAUGCAUUUGUGCUAUUUUUAGCUGAGCUUUAUCUAAAUCUAGAGGUAAAAGGGACUAAAGGCCAGCUAACCCGAGCAGAGAUUCUUCAGACUGGACUUCAUGAAUUACUGAACACCCUUUUCUCUAAUCCUGUGGACAACAAUUUAACCUGUGCGGUGAAGCUACUGAAAUUGACAGGCUCAGUACUAGAAGAUGCAUGGAAAGAAAAAGGAAAGACUUACAUGAAUGAAAUGAUACAGAAAAUUGAAAAUGUUGUCUUGGAUGCAAAUUGCAGCAGAGAUGUAAAGCAUAUGCUUCUGAAGCUUGUAGAACUACGGUCAAGUAACUGGGGAAGGGUGCAAAUAACUUCAACAUACAGGGAAGCAACUCCAGAAAAUGACCCUAAUUACUUUAUGAAUGAGCCAACGUUUUAUACAUCUGAAGGUGUGCCUUUCACUGCAGCAGAUCCAGAUUAUCAAGAGAAAUACCAAGAACUCCUUGAUAGACAAGAUUUGUUUCACGAGUAUGAGGAAAAUGGAACAGACUUAUCAGGAGCUGGAGAUCCGUAUUUUGAUGAUGAUGAUGAUGAUGACGAUGAGAUGGACCCAGAAAUUGAAGAAGCAUAUGAAAAAUUUUGCUUAGAAUCAGAACGCAAAAGGAAACAGUGAAUGCUACACAUGAAUAAUAGUGUUGUGUUUUUUAAAAAGAAUAAAAACAAAAACCAGCAUAGGUAUGAAUAGCAAAUAGAAGGGAUGGAAAAUGUUUAAUAUCCAUACCAAACAAAGGAAAUUAAGUUUCUCCUAGCAGUUAAGUUAUGCAAUUUCCAUUUUAUUAAACAGAAUCUGCCAAAAAAAUGUAAACUUAAAUCCUGUAACUUAAACAAUGUGUAUAUAUAUAUCAUAGUUUAUUUUAUGUACAGUUAAAUAAACAAUGUUUUGACUGGAACAAAUUUUAUUUCAAACAUUUCACAUUAAUCUGCAAAUCUGAGGGUUGUCAUGGUACAUUAUCACUUUUUUAAGAAAGGAAAAUUCCUAGAAUCAUAAAAUACACUAUGACUUUGCAAUUGUACUUCCUCGCCUUUGUAUAGGAUAUGGCUGUCCUAUAUUUUUUAGGCUGCCAAAUGUUUCACAAUCAUGAAAACUCCUACUACCCAUCCACCCUGGGGGUAAAUUGAAAAUCUGCACAUAAGAGUAUUGUUUUCAAACAGCUAAAUAUGGUAGGCAUUUUAGUUCAUAAAGGUUUUCAAACAAAUUCACUUGGUUAAAAUGUCAGGUUGGUGAUCUCCCCAAAUACUGGUUCAAUUUAGAUGUCAGGUGAGAGUAAAUAAGUUUGGAGGAACAGGCAUGUCUUCCGCAUUUAUACCUCUUCAGCCCAACCUCACAUUUGAUUCCUUCUUUCUGCCUUUCCUGAUUUACCUUAGCCAUAGUUUGCCAUGAUCCAUAAAUUGAGCAAACUAUGAUUAGUGCUAAUCAGGAUUGCUUACAAAUCUUGGUUUGCAAUCCCACUUCACAGUGACAGAGGAAAAUGAAGUCUCACACCAUCUCAUCAUCUACUUUCGAGAGAGAAUGAUGUCUCAAUAUAGGAAUUCUAUUUGUUUCCCUCCCCAUAUUCUUCCCAUUUUUUUUUAAAAUGAUUCUGUUUUUAGUUCAAUGUUGCACAAUAUUGUGUGUUGCUUUGAACUGUAAUGCUCAGAAAUUGGCAUUUCUGUUACUUCUCAAUUUGGUAAUUUAGAUACCAUAUACAAUCACUUGUAUAGAGCUAAACAGUUUUUUAUUACAGAAAAUAAGCCCUAAAUGUUUGCUGGUUAUUGUCCCUUCGCUUUUUAAGCAUCUAUUUUUGUCUUUAUGAAAUGUCGCCCAGGAACAUGUCUGGCUUUUUUUUUGGUUCCUCGUUUUAUAUUGAAUAGAUUAAGUAGCGUCUAUUUCCUAACACAAGAUGUGUGUGUGAAAUUUCCCAAGAAGUAGGUAAAAUAACUUAAUGUAAAGACAACAGGUUGUAAAUAUGCAUGUAAAUAGUGCUGUUUAAUAUUGCACUGUUAUAACUUGGUACAGUUUGUGUCUGUUAACAAAGUUAGCAUCAACUACAUCUUUCGGCUGUUAAUUUGUUUAGCUUAUGAACAUCCUAUUUUGGAAAAUAAAACUCCUUUGUUUUGUUGG